AUGUUGUCCAAACAACUCAAAUCUUUGACUUCAUUGCAAAGAUAUUUAAAUACUGCUACUUCAAUCAGAGUUGCUAAUUUUUCAUCAAAAUCAAAUUAUAAUGGAUUAUAUGAAAAACAUCAAAAGAUUGCAGAGAAAAAGAUGUCUCAACAAGAGAUUCUUGAUGUAAUUAAAUCAGAUACUUUAUUCUCUUGGAAUGCUACUGGACCAGCUUCAUCGAGUGCUUUGGUUAUGGCAAAGGGAGAAGGUGUAUAUUUCUACGAUCAAAAUGGAAAGAAAUUCAUUGAUUUCAACUCACAGGCUAUGUGUUCCAAUCUAGGUCACACCGUACCACAAGAGGUCAUCACAGCAGUCAACGACCAAUUAAAGUCAGCUGCCUACGCUUACCCAUGCGCAAUUGUCACAGAGAUCAAAGCUAAGCUCUCAUUGUUGUUGGCUGAUUUGCUACCAGGUGAUCUUGGACAUCUUUUCUACACAAGUGGUGGAGCUGAAUCCAAUGAAACCGCCAUGAGAAUGGCUAGAUUAUAUACCGGUCGUCACAAGAUUCUCGCUCGUUAUCGUUCGUACCACGGUGCUACACUUGGUUCGAUCUCGUUGACUGGUGAUCCACGUCGUUGGGCUGCAGAGCCAGCUGCAUCUGGAGUCGUUCAUUUCAUGGAUCCAUUCCCAUUGUCAUUCAAAUGGGGUGAAAACGAAGAGGAAGUCACCAAGAAGAGUCUCCAAUAUCUCCGUGAGGUGAUUGCCUACGAGGGUGGAAAGAACAUUGCCGCCAUUUUCAUUGAGCCCGUCACCGGUACCAACGGUAUUCUCAAAGCACCACGUGGUUACCUCGAGGGAAUGAGACAGAUCUGCGAUGAGCAUGGAAUUCUUAUGGUUUGCGACGAAGUUAUGAAUGGAUUCGGUAGAACCGGUGAGAUGUUUGGUUUCAUGAAUAGCGAUGGUGUCGUCCCCGAUAUCGUUACCAUGGCCAAGGGUAUCAACGGUGCCUACUUGCCAUUGGGUGCUGUCGCCUGUCGUGACCAUGUUGCCAACUUCUUCCAGAAGAAUCCAAUCGGUAUUGGUUCAACCUACAACUCACAUCCAGUCACUUUGGCAUCUGCCUAUGGAGCACUCCAAUAUUUCCUCAAGAAUCGUGUCUUGGACAACGUCAACAAGAUGGAGUCGGUCCUGAUCGAUUGUCUCGAACAACUCAAGGCCAAACAUCCAACCGUCAAGGGAUACCGUGCCCUCGGUCUCUUUGGUAUCGUCGAACUCCAAAAGAACGCCAAAGGAGAGCCAUUCGUUGAGUACAACGGUCCAGCUCACCCAGCCAUGGGUGCACUCAAGGCGGACUUCAACGCCAACGGACUUUACACUUUGCUCAGAUGGAGCAGUUUCUUCACUAACCCACCACUCAUCAUCAACGAAAAAGAAUUAAGAGAAGGUUUCGCCAUCAUCGAUAAAGCUUUAACAAAUCUCGAUAAGCAUUUCGAGAAAUAA